CUGCCGGUCUAUUGUGAAUCUGCGUUCAACUGGGUACCACUCUUCCAGCCUUGGCACCAAAGUGGCGCACCACGACAUGCACAGCUGAACGAGGAGUGCGCCUUUGAAGAUGUUUGAUUGCCAAGCUACAAUUUCUGACUGAGUGACAAGCCUGUGGUCUAGUCGCCACCAUGAUAGCCACGGGUGGCCUGCUGCGCAUGAACAGGCGCCAGGAUUCGCUCCGAUCCAAAAACCGAGCAGAGAACAAACGGAAGCGGAAAUCCAAGAAAAAGAAGAAGAACGAUGUGGUGGUGGUGAAGGGGAAACUCAAUCUCUGCUCCCCGGCUGGUUUGGUGGCCGCUGUUGGAAUUAUAGUUCUUAUGGUUGGGAUUUCCAUGGCUGUACUGGGCUACUGGCCCAGCCAGAACCAGCAGGAAUACCAGGAGCGCCGCAGAACCGGGGGAUUCCACACCAGCAGGAUGAGCUAUUCCAAAAGUCCUCAGAUUUCCUCCAACCUGACCCGUGGUGAGCCUUCCUCUGGCCAAUCAAAUCUGUUCAACCAGAGUCAUUCUAACACCAGUGUUUCUAGCCCGUCCCGUCACUGUGGCUUUUUCUGUGACUUCCUGGAUAAUUAUUUGUAUUCAGACAACCUGAAAGUCUUCGGACCACUUGUGAUGGGAAUUGGUAUCUUUCUCUUCAUUUGUGCUAACGCCGUCCUCCAUGAAAACCGCGACAAGAAAACUAAAAUCAUAAACCUGAGGGAUAUCUACUCCACAGUGAUAGAUCUGCACAGUAUACGAUCAAAGGAGUACUCACCUCUGAACGGCAUGGUGAAUUACACCCAGUCAAAGAGUGCAGAAGGGCCAUCGGGUUCAUUUCCAACAAGUGGGAUGCUUACUCGCAGUUCCUGGCCCUCCACUGGAAUCACUUUCAAAGGUGAGGUAGAUGGCGAGGAGGUAUUCAGACGCUCCUCAUUGGUCAGUAGGCCUCGUAGCUUGUCCAAAGAUGUGCAGACCUUCACAGAGACUGUCUACAGCAUCUAUAAAGACUACAGCAAUAGCAGUGAGCAGGCACCUCAGCCCCGACAGUGGGAAACCACUUCCAUCGUCACCUCUUCUGUGAACGCUUUUACCCUGCCAGUAAUCAAACUGAACAACUGUGAGGUGGGGGAGAAAGCAGAGGCAGAGGGAUGCUCAAAGGAGGAGGUUGUUAUAGAAGCUGCUGCUGAAAACAUAAGUGAGGAGGGACAAGCCAGCAGCAGCAGCAGCCAGAGAGAUGUGAUGUACGGUAAGCAGAAGGAGGCUUCGAUCAUGGACUCUCCUCCUCCUCACCGGAGCCACGAGGACACCGACACAGGUAUCCAACAGGGGGUGCCGCAGUCUCAGCCUCAACCGCAGAGGCCUCAGCUGUUUCCACCGUCUCCUGUUGCCAGGGCGAUGGGGUCACGGCUGUCGCUCAACUCUCUCACGGAUCAGCCCAGGCCAGCACGCCGCUGCAGCCUGUCUGUGUCUGGAUGUCGUCAAGGUGACAGAGCCAGGCGGUUCAGCUACCCCCGUCUGGAGCACUCCAACAGCAAGGGCUACAUAAAACUGAAUGACCUGGGGGGCGAAUCCUUUGAAGCCCCCGACGCAGACACUUCUUUGGUGGCCCCUAAACAGGAAGUAGCAAUGGAUGCAGCAGCAGCGGAGGAAGAAGCUCAGGGACAGGACAAUUUGGCGACACCGAGCACCUCUGGAGAAUCCUAGGCCUCUUAAAACUCUUUGAUGUCUUGUUAUUUGCUUCGCACCCUCUUACGUGAUUGCUAAUGGGUGAAGCUGGCCAUUAGAGAGGAAAGGAAACACGGAGAGUAAGCAACUAAGGACUAUUGAAACAUAGCCAUGAAUACUCAAGAGCAAGACUCUUUAUAAAUACACCAGACCAACAGUUCAAAAUUCAGAUGUAAUUUUUCUAUUUUUUCAAUGUAGCAAGAGCAAUACUAAAGACUUGUAAGGAGAUUUAGAAAUGGUUUGUAAAAAAAAAAAAAAAAAAGAAAUUUGAUCAGAUGAGGUUUUUUUUUCUUUUGUAUAAGAGUAAGGCAAACAUUGUAGCUUGUAGAAUUGCCAAAACUUUCACUCUGAACUACUGUCCAACAUGUCGUACUGUAGCAUUAACAUAUGCCACAGAUAUUUAAAUAGUCUAGAUUUGCUUCUCUGCAUUGUUAUGUGAAUACCACGUGAAUAGGUGAACUGAACUGAAUCUCAGGUAGAUGUCUGGCUUAGGAUCGGGACCUUGAGGACAAGGUCUUCCCUAUGUGCACACACUUGUUUAUAUGAAGCAUUCAUGGUUUAAUAAAUUUGACUGUAACACCUCCAUUGGGUCUAAUAGAUGUCUUUGUGUGAUAUUAGAUUAAAUGCCACGAAUGCAAAAUGGCUUGUUUGCUCCAAAUAGUUUCACUUGCAUUAAGAAAAAUUAAAAGGAUUAAAAAACUGGAAGUCGGACUAUGAUUGAUUGUGUGGCAAACGUGGAGACUGUAUGGAUUUUUUUCCCCUGGACUUUAGCCGUACUUCUCAUUACUGGGAAACACUGCAGUGGUAUUGAUGUUUUAUUAUCUCUGCCAGCUGAACCGAGACCAGUGACCUAUAAGUGACCUUUACAACAGUCUUCUUAAUAAUUGUCUUCACUAUUACAAAGGGAAGUUAACAGCUGAGUGAGUAUCUGCUCAAAUGGGCGACAAAUUAAACGGGGGAAAAUAAACUGGGCGUUUAUUGAUAAUAGUGAAGACUGUCAUAACUGUCAGUCCCCAAUAACUCACCUGGUUGAGCAGGUGACCCGGAGGUCAAAGGCUGCUGCAUAGGGGCCUGAGCACAAGUCUAGAUCAGAUAGUUUCCUGUGUGUCAUUUCCGCACGACCUCUCCUACUGUAUUGUCAAAUAAGGUCUCAAAAUGCUAAAAAAAAAUCUCUUAAAAAAUCAUGUUCAACUGAGAUCUGGCAGAUAGAUGCUAAUCAUUCAACAAUCCCUUGUAUGCAGGCAAGUGCAUUUAUUACUGUUUCUCCAUUUACUCAAACAGAUUUUUCCAUAAAGGUACAACUUGUAUGAUUAGCACAAAAAAACCCAAACAAGUAGUAUUCAGUUAUCCUAAGUGCAUCAAUACUCCUGUUUUGUGGCAAUUUAUACAUAGAGUUUAUCAUAUGUCUACAUGACUUCAUCAUAAUAUGCUACUGUACUAUUGUACUUUUUAACCUCACUGCAGUUAUAGUUACACCUUUAAGCUGUGCACAUAA